GCCCUCUUUUCCCCCCUGUUCUCUUGUAGUCUCGGAGCCAGCUCUCUCCGAUGCUGGUCUGUGGUCUCCGUGCGCUGGGCCCACACCCCGCGGGUGCUCCAUGGGGACCUCAGCAAACUUUCGAGGCGGGUACAGGAGUUUGUGGAGCAUGGGGUACGACUUUGCCAACCGGAGAGCGUCCACAUCUGUGAUGGGACGGAGAAGGAGAAUGUCAAAAUCUUGAACUUUCUUGAAUCAGAAGGAGUCAUCAAACCACUGACCAAAUAUGAGAAUUGCUGGCUUGCUAAAACCGACCCUAAAGAUGUGGCCCGGGUGGAGAGCCGGACGGUCAUUGUCACCGAGAACCAGAGGGACACGGUGCCCAUUCCUGCCCCAGGGGUCAAAGGGCAACUGGGCAACUGGAUGGACCCCCAAACCUUCCAGAAGGCAGUGGACGAUCGGUUCCCUGGUUGUAUGAAAGGCCGCACCAUGUAUGUCAUCCCGUACAGCAUGGGGCCCAUUGGCUCCCCACUCUCCAAGAUAGGGAUCCAGUUAACGGACUCGGCUUACGUGGUCGCCAGCAUGCGGAUCAUGACCCGUAUGGGUACCGCCGCCCUUCGUACCUUGGGGGAUGGAGAAUUCGUCAAGUGCUUGCAUUCUGUGGGGCGGCCCCUGCCCUUGACUGAAGACUUGGUGAAUAACUGGCCUUGUAACCCAGAGAAGACGCUGAUCGCGCACGUCCCGGAACGCCGAGAGAUCGUCUCCUUCGGCAGCGGCUAUGGGGGCAACUCCCUCCUGGGCAAGAAAUGCUUCGCACUGCGCAUCGCCUCGUGCAUCGCCAAAGACGAGGGCUGGCUGGCUGAGCACAUGCUGAUCCUGGGCCUCACAAACCCUGAGGGGAAAAAGAAGUACGUGGCGGCCGCUUUUCCCAGUGCGUGUGGGAAGACCAAUCUGGCCAUGAUGAACCCCACGCUGCCAGGUUGGAGAGUGGAGUGUGUCGGGGAUGACAUUGCGUGGAUGAAGUUUGACAGCGAGGGGGUCCUGCGGGCCAUCAACCCGGAGAAUGGCUUCUUUGGGGUAGCACCGGGGACCUCCACCAGGACAAACCCCAACGCCAUGCAUACCAUCCAGCGCAACACCAUCUUCACCAACGUGGCCGAGACGAGCGAAGGGGGAGUCUACUGGGAGGGCAUUGACCAGAUGAUCCCGGCAGGCGUCACUAUCAGCACGUGGCAGGGCAAGCCCUGGAAACCAGGCGACCCAGAACCCGCGGCCCAUCCCAACUCCCGUUUUUGUGCCCCGGCCCGCCAGUGCCCAAUCAUGGACCCUGACUGGGAAUCUCCCCAAGGUGUCCCUAUUUCGGCCAUCAUCUUUGGGGGCAGGAGGCCUGCAGGUGUCCCCUUGGUGUACGAGGCCUUCAACUGGCGCCAUGGGGUCUUCGUGGGCACCGCCAUGAGAUCGGAGGCAACGGCAGCAGCUGAACAUAAAGGCAAAGUCAUCAUGCACGACCCCUUUGCCAUGCGCCCCUUCUUUGGCUAUAACUUUGGCCGCUACCUGGAGCACUGGCUAAGCAUGGAGGAGCGCAAAGGGGUCCGUCUGCCCAAGAUCUUCCAUGUUAACUGGUUUCGGAAGGAUGCCUCCGGGAACUUCUUGUGGCCGGGCUUUGGAGAAAACUCGCGAGUCCUUGACUGGAUCUUCCGCCGCGUCGACGGAGAAGAGAGCGCCCAGGAGACGCCCAUCGGCUAUCUCCCGAAAGAGGGGGGCUUAGAUCUGACGGGCCUGAACAAGGUGAACUUUCAGGAGCUGUUCUCGUUGCCCAAGGAGUUCUGGGAACAAGAAGUGCGAGAAAUCAGGCAGUACCUGACGGAACAAGUCCCGGACGACCUGCCCAAGGAAGUCAUGAAGGAACUGGAGGGCUUAGAGAGCCGGGUGAAGAAGAUGUGA